UAUUGUUGCUCUUUGGUCUCGGCGGCAGAAGCAAGAUGACGAAAGGGACGUUGUCGUUCGGCAAGCGCCGCAACAAGACGCACACGCUGUGCCACCGCUGCGGCUCCAAGGCCUACCACCUGCAAAAGUCCACCUGCGGCAAGUGCGGCUACCCCACCAAGCAGAAGAGAAAGUGUAACUGGAGUGCCAAGGCCAAGCGACGAAACACUACCGGGACCGGUCGCAUGAGGCACCUGAAGAUCGUGUACCACAGAUUCAGGCAUGGAUUCCGUGAAGGAACGACACCCAAACCCAAGAGGGCAGCUGUUGUGGCGUCCAGCUCAUCCUGAGGAUUUCGCUGAUUAGUCCCACAAUAAAUACUCUGGUGUCCAAAAAAAAAAAA